AUGGACCUAAAGCUGGCCUCGCCGGGGCUCCUGAAGUCACCCAAAGCCGGUUGGGCCUACAGGCGGCUGCGGUCGACAGUCUGGCCAAAAUCAAAGCCCAGCACACCGCAGAAAUCGCUACGGCCGACGGCCUACCUGGACGGACUGCGAGGCUUUGCCGCGUUUCUUGUGUACAUACAACACCACGAGCUUUGGGCACAUAACAUUCAGGAGGGCCGCAUCAUCGAGAAUGCGUGGGGCUUUGAGGGCCAGUUCCGUUUCACCAACUUUCACGGCAUCAGGCUCCUUUUCAACGGGGGCCACUUUGCGGUCGCCAUCUUCUUUGUCAUCUCAGGCUACGUCCUGUCGACCAAACCCCUGAGCCUCAUCCAGGCGGGCGAGCAGGCCAAGCUCGCCGACAACCUUGGUUCGCAGCUGUUUCGGCGGUGGCUGCGCCUUUACAUUCCGCUCGCCGCCACGACGUUUCUCUAUAUGCUCACCUGGCACUCGUUUGGUGGUCUCUGGAUCCAUGGCGCCAGGAAGCAGAGCAACAUGCGCGACGAGCUGUGGGCAUGGUACGCAGAGUUCAAGAACUUCAGCUUCGUCUUCAACUCGGGCGGCGAGCCCUGGUUCACGUACAACUUUCACCUGUGGAGCAUACCUGUUGAGAUGAAAGGGUCCAUCGUCGUCUACACGGCGCUGUUGGCCUUCUCGAACCUGACCACGCGGGCCAGGCUGUGGUGCACUGUCGGGCUGAUAUACUACUUUAUGUACAUCUGCGACGGGUGGUACUGCGCUCUCUUCAUGGUCGGCAUGUUCCUCGCGGACCUCGACCACCUCUCCGCCAAGAACCAGCUCCCGCGCAUCUUUACUUCCCUGACACCAUACAAGAACUUCAUCUACUACCACCUCCUCGUCAUCGCAAUCUAUCUCGGCGGCAUCCCCUCGCUGACGACAGACGCCGCGCUCCUCCGCCAAAACCGUGGCUGGUACUACCUGUCCUUCCUCAAGCCCCAGGCUGUGUUCGACUACAAGUGGUUCUACCUCUUCUUCGCGGCGACCUUCAUCGUGGCAGCUUGCCCCCGCCUCCCCUGGCUCCGCCGCUUCUUUGAGACACGCUCUUGCCAGUAUCUCGGGCGUGUCUCGUAUGCGCUCUACCUCGUCCACGGCCCUAUACUCUGGACCCUCGGCGACAGGAUCUACACCGCCGUCGGAUGGGAUGGCCCAGACGUUCAGGUUCACCUGGCCAAUGUGCCCUGGUGGGUGAACCGCUUCCCGCUGCCCAAGAGGGGCAUCCUGGGGCUCGAGCUCUCGUUCCUCCUGCCGCAGCUGAUUCUAUUGCCUGUCACUUUCUGGUGCGCUGAGAUGGUCAUGAAAUGGAUUGACGAGCCUGCCGUCAAGAUUGUGCAGGGUUUCUACCGGAGGACUCUGGCAGCGCCGCCGCCAGCCCCGAACAUGGGUGCUACUAGUGGUGGUGGUGGCGGUGGUGGUGCGACUCUCGGAAGAGGAGGUAAUCUAGCUCCGGCGGCCAUGAUUGGGUCGGCGAAGAAGUUGGACGCUUAG